AUGAUAAUUGAAUUGCCCCCGCAUGAUCUGCUGGGCCGACGGACUUCGGACUUCUCGCCUCUGACGCCAACGUGGGAACACAUCAUCCGCAUCCGCGAGCUGUCUUCGGUGCGCGAACACACCGGGAAAUCGAGCCUCAUCUUCCCAGGAGCAAAUUACUCAUGCAUGGCCACUGAAAUGAUGCUCCAGCUGGUGUUGUCCGAACCUGUCCAGUCGGAUCCCGUGGUCAGUUACCAGCUGGAGAUAAUCGAUAUCCAGCGUUCGCUAGUUCUGGAAGAGAAUGAAGAUAGUAUAGAGGCAUGGAUAUCCCUGCUCCCGUGA